ACGUCGGCGGCCCGCGGUGACGUAAAAAAGCCGCGCGGUACUUCAGUUUGUAUACCUUCCGCAGGCGUGCGUCCUGGCGGAUCGCAGGCAUGGUGCGCUGCAGUUGCGUGUUUUUCAGAAAGUAUGGAAACUUCAUCGAUAACCUAAGACUCUUCACCAGGGGAGGAAGUGGAGGAAUGGGCUACCCUCGUUUAGGUGGAGAAGGUGGAAAAGGUGGCGACGUCUGGGUUGUAGCCCAUAACAAAAUGACUUUAAAACAACUUAAAGACAAAUAUCCUAAGAAACGGUUUGUGGCUGGAGAAGGAGCAAACAGUCGGGUUAGUGCACUGAAAGGCUCCAAAGGAAAAGACUGUGAAAUUCCUGUACCUAUAGGUAUUUCAGUAACUGAUGAAAAUGGUAAAAUUAUAGGAGAACUCCAUAAAGAGAAAGACAGAAUUUUGGUAGCUGAAGGAGGUCUUGGUGGUAAAUUACUUACAAAUUUCUUACCAUUGAAAGGCCAGAAACGAGUAAUUCACCUUGAUCUAAAACUUAUAGCUGAUAUAGGCCUAGUGGGAUUCCCAAAUGCUGGAAAAUCCUCUUUGCUAAGUCAGAUUUCUCAUGCAAAACCUGCAAUUGCAGAUUAUGCAUUUACAACACUAAAGCCUGAACUUGGAAAGAUUAUGUAUAAUGAUUUCAAACAGAUAUCAGUAGCUGAUCUUCCUGGUUUAAUAGAAGGAGCACAUAUGAACAAAGGAAUGGGCCACAAAUUCCUGAAGCAUAUAGAAAGAACUAAACAACUACUUUUUGUUGUCGAUAUUUCUGGAUUUCAGCUUUCUUCCCAAACUCAAUACAGAACUGCCUUUGAAACCAUAAUACUGCUUACAAAAGAGUUGGAAUUGUACAAUGAAGAAGUUCAGACAAAACCUGCGCUCCUGGCAGUUAAUAAAAUGGACUUGCCAGAUGCCCAAGAUAAAUUCCAUGUACUGAUGAACCAACUCCAGAAUCCUAAAGAUUUUCUGCAUUUAUUUGGGAAAAAAAUGAUUCCAGAGAGGAUUAUGGAGUUUCAGCAUAUCAUUCCCAUCUCUGCAAUUACUGGAGAAGGAAUUGAUGAAUUAAAGAACUGUAUAAGGAAAUCUCUGGAUGAACACGCCAACCGGGAAAAUGAUGCUUAUCAUAAGAAACAGUUGCUUAAUUUACAGAUUUCCAAUGCAAUAUCUUACAGUGAGCCACCAUCAAAGAAUGCUCUUACUAAUUCCAAAAUGGACAGAAUUUAAAUUUAUUAAAAAUGAUAUUCAUAUGUGUUCAUUUGAAAGCUUUUUCAUAAACAUGUAUUUUUUAGAAUGUUAGUUAUUACUAACCUUCUCAUAUAUGUAUAUGCCAUCAUUUGAGAACCAUAUCUUUUUAAGGUGUUUUGAGUUAAGUGUAUCAACAGUAAAAAAAAGUGAGAACAAAAAAAUGACAGUUUAUAAUUUUAUGGCCAAUCCACCUGUAAUAAAAUCUUCUGAUAUGCCUGUACUUA